AUGGAGUUUCUGACUGGCGAAAAUGUUCUUCUUAAUGUAUCACCCAUGAAGGGGAUGAUGAAAUUCAGUAAGAGAGGAAAGUUGAGUCCGCGAUAUAUUGGUCCCCUUGAAGUUCUCGAAUGUGUAGGACUUGUGGCGUAUAGAUUGGCUUUACCCCUUAAUUUAUCCAGUGUUCAUUCUGUAUUUCAUGUGUCUAUGUUGAAGAGAUACCACAGUGACAAUGACUAUGUCAUUAAGUGGGACUCAAUAGUGCUAGAUAAAGACCUCAUAUAUGAGGAGAAACUAAUUGCUAUUCUUGAUUAUGAUGUUCGUAAGUUGAGGACCAAAGAAAUUAAGUCCAUGAAGGUUUAA